GGCUUCAUGCACCGCCCGCCGCCGCUCACAGCGCCCGGCCCUGGGCAGCGACCGGAACUCCGGGGAAGGGAGUAAAUGGCAAAGGAACGCUGAGGGAUCGGUAACCGUCCCCGCGGCGAGUCAGAAAGGCCCAACCCUAUUUGCUGGGGGACAGGCGGCGCAGAACCGGGGCGGCAAACAGAGCCAAGGUGGAAGAUCGCGAUCAGAGCGCAGCGGCUCAGCGACCACCGGCGGCGCCCGCAGGCCCCUCCACCAAGACCCUCUGAAGCGAAUUGCGCAGGCUCGACUCGGUGGUUGAAGCCCGGCGGACGCGCGGGCCGGCGUCACCCCGGCGGCAUCCCGCGGGUCGCGGUGACGGCUCCGCGGCCGCCAUGUCGCACUCCGGCAGCAGCGGCGGCUCCGCGCCGGACGUGGGCCGCCGCCGCCGCUCGCGCCGGCCGCACGCGCAGGAGGACACGGUGGAGGCGGAGGCGGCGGGCGAGAGGCUCCGGCAGCUCAACAUCGACGAGGGCGACGACAGGGAGCACAACAGGAUGAUCCGCAACCAGUAUCGGGAGCUCAUCUCCGCCGUGCAGCAAAAUCGAGAAUCCAUCCUAAGUUCAAAAAGCAACAGGCUGACAGAAGCUUUGGAAGAAGCCAAUAGAAUUUUUGAUGAAGUUCGCCAGGCACGAGAGGCUGCACUGGAUGCCCAGUUCCUUGUCAUAGCAUCCAAUAUAGGAAAGGAGAAGGCCAAUGAGUUACACUCAGAGAUGUCAGCAUUUGAUUCAACAGCAUUUGCAGAAGACUUGCUGACCUUCAUGGGCAUAAAUCGCACAGAAGUGGAAGAAGAUGAUGACUCUGAGGACGUUCCAGGUGGUUUUUUACCCAGUCAUGCCUGGCAGAAAAUGGGGGAAGAAGCAUCCAAGUACUUAAAGAGAGCACCUACUUUUCACUACAUGAUGGGAUCCUUCAAGUCUGAGCCUCCUGUACGAAAGCAGCGGAUUGAGAGGCAGAAGAAAGCUAGCAGAGGGAAAGCAGAACGGGCAAUGCCUGCUCAGUUAAAAGAAAUGGAGCAGUCUCAUCUAGAAGCUACAGAAAAAGAAGUAGAGAGGAUCUUGAGAAUACUGCAAACUCAUUUUGAAAAUGAUCCUAAUACAUCCAUUUCCUUCUUUGAUUUUGUGGUUGAUCCGAACUCGUUUGCACGGACUGUGGAAAAUAUGUUUCAUGUGUCCUUCCUUGUCAGGGAUGGUCUUGCAGAAAUAAAGCUGGAUGAAGAUGAAUUGCCAAUAAUAGAGCCUGUCAAACCCAGAGAGGGGGAGGAGGAGAGCAGAGCUGCAGCACGGAACCAGGUGGUCAUAAGUCUGGACCAGAGCCAAUGGAAGGUACCAUGGACAGCACUUCAUGCUUUGGAGCAGUUCUGUUUUCUUUUUUUCUUUAAGCCUCUGAGAGCUGUGCUGGGGAGGGCAGCUGUUCUGUGUGCAGAAACAAUGCUCUUGACCUUAUGGCUGCCAGAACAGUCACAGAUCUAAGGGAUGGUUGUAGCUGCAGGAAAACUGAGAAUUUGGGUUGUGAUGCCAUCUUUGAUUCCUGAAGCCUGGUCAGUUUAAGUGUUUUCAAGCUGUGCACUGGCUUCACUGUUUUAUACAAGGCCUGGGUCAAUAUGGUGUUGAGAAUUUAGUUGCUAAAGACUAGAAAAGUACAAAACCAUGGCUAAUUCCAAGUCCUGCACCUGUGAGAUAGCAGUGUCCUUGGAGCCUAGCUGUAGUA